AUGGACAGAGGACCUACGGGAGGACAUCAGCACGGACAGAGGACCUACAGGAGGACAUCAGCACGGACAGAGGACCUACAGGAGGACAUCAGCACGGACAGAGGACCUACGGGAGGACAUCAGCACGGACAGAGGACCUACAGGAGGACAUCAGCAUGGACAGAGGACCUACAGGAGGACAUCAGCACGGACAGAGGACCUACGGGAGACAUCAGCAUGGACAGAGGACCUACGGGAGACAUCAGCAUGGACAGAGGACCUACAGGAGGACAUCAGCAUGGACAGAAAACCUACAGGAGGACAUCAGCACGGAUAGAGGGCCUACAGGAGGACAUCAGCACAGACAGAGGACCUACAGGAGGACAUCAGCAUGGACAGAGGACCAAUGGGAGACAUCAGCAUGGACAGAGGAUACUGAACUCCGAAUUGCCCCUGGCGGCUGUUCCGCUCAGACAAACACCUGUCUUUCUGUGGAUUUUAAGUCUUCUGCAGAAGGAAGUCAGUGGGACACACGUGCAUCAGAGCAUCAUCCAGAUUCAGAGAGCGUGGAUUGAGAGGACAUUCCAGAAGAGAGAAUGUGUCCAGAUUAUUCCCAGCAAAGACCCCAGCAGGUGCAGUUGUGGUCAGGUGGUGACGCAGCACACCUUUGUCCCUCCGGGGGCCAGAGAGGAGGGGGCCCCUUCGGUCCAGCUGGAGGUCCAACCAGCAGAGAGAUGGAGCGCACCGAAACACACCCAGACCUUUCCCACCGACGCCUACGGAGUCAUCGAGUUUCAGGGAGGAGGACACAUCAACAAGGCAAUGUAUAUCCGGGUCUCCUACGACUCCAAACCGGACCACCUGCUGCACCUGAUGGUGAAGGACUGGCAGUUGGAGCUUCCCACGUUGCUGAUCUCCGUCCACGGAGGCCUUCAGAACUUCGACCUGCCUCCAAAACUGAAGCAGGUUUUUGGGAAAGGACUGAUCAAAGCAGCAGUGACCACCGGAGCCUGGAUCUUCACCGGGGGAGUCAGCACCGGAGUGAUCCGCCAUGUCGGCGACGCCCUGAAAGAUCAUUCUUCAAAGUCCAGAGGAAAAGUCUGCGCUAUCGGCAUCGCCCCAUGGGGCAUCAUCGAGAACAAGGAGGACCUCAUCGGCAGAGACGUGACUCGGCCCUAUCAGACCAUGUCCAACCCGCUCAGCAAGCUGUCAGUGCUGAACAGCAGCCACUCCCACUUCAUCCUGGCCGAUAACGGUACCAACGGGAAGUAUGGCGCCGAGGUCCGACUCCGCCGGCAGCUGGAGAAACACAUCGCUCUACAGAAGAUCAACACACGUCUGGGUCAGGGUGUCCCUGCAGUGUGUCUGAUCCUGGAGGGGGGUCCUAACGUCAUCUCCAUUGUGUUGGAGAGUCUGAAGGAGGAGCCUCCCGUCCCUGUCGUCAUCUGUGACGGCAGCGGUCGCGCUUCUGACAUCAUUUCCUUUGCACACAGAUACUGUGGGCAAGAUGGGUUGGUGAGUGACAGCGUCAGAGAUCAGCUGCUGGUCACCAUCCAGAAAACCUUCAACUACAGCCGCAGACAGGCGCAGCAGAUUUUCCUCAUGGUGAUGGAGUGCAUGAAGAAGAGGGCUCUGAUCACAGUGUUCAGGAUGGGCUCAGAGGGACAGCAGGACAUUGAGAUGUCCAUCCUCACAGCUCUGCUCAAAGGUACAAAUGCGUCAGCAUCCGAUCAACUGAGUCUGGCUCUGGCCUGGAACCGAGUGGACAUCGCUCGCAGUCAGAUCUUUGUGUAUGGACUCCACUGGCCUCCGGUGAGCGCUUCACCCACCGACAGGCCUAAAAGUCCGGCAGCUCAGCGAGCAACAGCACCAGGAGGAGGAGGAGCAGGGAAAGGGAAAGCGAGGGGGAAGAAAGGAAAAGGAGGCAAAACCAAACCUGAACCCCCCGAGGAGACCGACCCCCGGAAACUGGAGCUGCUCAACUGGGUGAACUCUCUGGAACAGGCUAUGAUGGACGCUCUGGUGUUGGACAGGGUGGACUUUGUCAAGCUUCUGAUCGAGAACGGCGUCAACAUCCAUCACUUCCUGACUAUCCCUCGUCUGGAGGAGCUGUACAACACGAAGUUGGGCCCGGCCAACACGCUGCACUUUGUGGUCAGAGAUGUGAAAAAGGUCAUUUAUGCGAUGGAAAUCAAUCCACCGUGUGGAGACAACAUGUACGAUGAAGACGGGAAGAAGCUUCCUCCCUGUAUCCCUGGAGCCUGGCUCACUCCGGCCAUCAUGGCCUGUUACCUGCUGGUCGCCAACAUCCUGCUGGUCAACCUGCUCAUCGCCGUCUUCAACAACACCUUCUUCGAGGUGAAGUCCAUCUCCAACCAGGUGUGGAAGUUCCAGCGGUAUCAGCUGAUCAUGACCUUCCACGACCGUCCCAUCCUGCCUCCCCCCCUCAUCGUCUUCCCCCACAUCUACAUCGUCCUGAAGAGGCUGUGCUGCCGCUGCAGACGGAGGCCGGAGGGAGAUCGCGACGACCGGGAGAGACGACUCCAGCUGGUGCUGAGUGCAGAUGAACUGAAGAGUCUGCAUGAGUUUGAGGAGCAGUGUGUGGAGGAAUACUUCAGAGAGAAAGACGACGAGAAACAGUCGUCCAACAACGAGAGAAUCAGAGUCACAUCUGAGAGGGUGGAGAACAUGUUCAUGCGUCUGGAGGAGGUGAAUGAGAGGGAGCACUCGAUGAAGGCAUCCCUGCAGACAGUGGACCUCCGUCUGGCUCAGCUGGAGGAGUUCUCCAGCCGAAUGAUGAACGCUCUGGAGAAGCUGGCGGGCGUCGACCGGGCCGAGCUCGUCCGCAGUCAUUCCAGAGGAUCGUCCAUCUGCGAGCCAGGCGCUUUGCUGCGACAAUGCAGCAUCAACAGCGGAGACGGAUACAGUCUGUACCGAUACCAGCUGGAGCAUGAUGACAGGAUCACUGUGUCCGGAGACAUGGACGGAAAUGACAGGAGGGUCCAACUGAGUCCAGAGAGACAAGAAAGGACCACGGAGCAAGGACCCACAACAGGUGAUGUAAAGGAGUUCGGGUCGACUCUGGAUGUGAGAGGACUGAAGGGCAGGACUCAGUCUCAGUCAAACGUCGACAUCCUGAUCUCCCCCUGCGACCCCGACCGCAGACCCCCCAACACCUGUCCUGCUUCACCUCAGUCUGAGCAGACAGAAGCUAACAUGGAGAAACCAGCAGAGAAAACCCGACUAGAGGCAGCAGCAUCCUUCCCUCUGGAGAGGUCAAAGGUCACACAGUAUUUAUCCUCUCCAACACUCAGUGGAUCUCUCUCCUCCACCAAGUCCAUCAGCAGCAUCGUCUACAGCCCUGCCCAUCAGGACCAGGGAGAUGCUACCAGUUUGAACCCCCCCUGGCUCACAGCAGGCCUCCAGAUCUCCCAGCAUGCCUCACUGGGGAGUCCACCCCUCCCCCAGAGUGGAGGCGACGAAUCCAAACAGGAAGUGGAGGACAGAACGUCCCGGGUGUCCGAAGAGUUGCAGGGGGGUGAAAUGGUGGGCAGUAAGCAUGGUAACGGAGGGGAGGAGGGGCCGUCAGAGGAGCUUCUGCUCGGGGAGGACAGGAUGUACCCAACGCUGCGGUCCAAGAGUAUGAACACCAACCCGAGGAAGACCAGGACGAAGAGGAAGGAGAACGAGGAGAUGCCUCGUUCGACCGGCAGCGUCAGAGACCUGGUGUCAGCAUUCAGGGGCGGGGUGGUGGGGCCACGAUCCAGCUCCAGGUCCAGAGACUCUGACUACUGAUCACGAAGGACUGAGGGCUCCUGCAGGGUCUGGAUAAUAAGAACUGAAAUGGAAUUCAUCGUGGAAGAUUUCAGUUUCUUUGUCAGUAAAAGUGUCAGCACCAAAAUGGAAAGUAAAAGUAGGGAUUAUUUUCAUUAUUGAUAAAAGGGCUCAUGUUUGCUUUUCUUGUUUUCUGUCAUAUAAUGAUAGAAACUUGUAACUUCUGGGGGUAGCACAGGCCAAAACCACCACAAAGAGACUCAACAGGACUUUAGUUUUAGGUCUUGCUCCUUUGUAGGAGGCCUGGGGGGCUUUUACCUGUCUGUUUCCAUGACUGUAGGAUAUUAGUUAGUUAAUAUAAGCUUUUUAUUGAUUUUAUUUUAUAACAGAAUAUUUUAAGUUGUUUAUUUGGCAUGCAUCUAUUGCACUGAAUAAACAAUGUAAAGAUCAAUAAUGUACAGUUAAAGAUAAAAUACAUUAUGUAUAAAA